AUGUGCAGUGAAAUUCUAAUGGAACUCGGUCGUAGGGGACGUGACCGUGCUACAAAAUCUUCCUACAUGAUAAUCUUACGGUACUCGUUAGUACUCCAUUCACCUAUUCCUAUAACUCAUAUAUCUUUGGACUUGCACUUUAAUCAGGUUCUACACCAUGAAUCUUAUCAUCGUGUCCGAUCACAGCUUAAAUUAUGGAAAUACGAUGAAGAAGUUCCAGAAAGGAAAUGGAAAAGCGUCACAGUGAUACCGACAAAAACUAUGAGCGAUUUUUGUUGCCUCACUUCAACGUUCCUUAAAGAUGCAGAAAACAGAGAACAAGGACAUUAG